AGCUCACACGCUGCUCCCUCAGUUUGACGAGAGCACGGCGUGCACUGCGCUGCCCCUCCGGACUACUUGCAAUCCACCAAACACUUUUUUUUCUCAGACUGAGGACACUCGCACGAACACAACGAAGAGCGGCAACAUGGGGAGCAGCAUUUCAUGUGUGCCCCAGCACAACUUCACCUUCUCCAGCAAAAGUUUCAUUCGCAGAAACAGCAGUCGCCUGUUUCGCAAGAAGAAUCCCCAAGAGGGCCAGGAGAAGUCCAACAGCAUCAUCAAUAUCCUCUGCACGGUCACCCCGAGGAAGGAAAUGUCCACUAAAGACCUGCAGACCAUCGAGAACAUCAAAUGGGAUCCUCCAUUCCCGUACGACCCGGCAAGCGGCUGGAAGAAGAGCAGCAUCAACGUGAAGAAUUACGGCCGGCUGAUUCACAGCGCCAAAGUUCGCUUCCGCUUCCUGCACUGCCAGGAUAUACACGAUUGCUACCUGGAUCUCUUCCAGACACACCUUCAUUUUGUGUCUAACAACACCCCUGGACUGACAUACCAGGGAACUCUUCCGCUGAAAGAGCUCACCAUCUGCAACCCGCAACAGAACUGCAAACACAGCCAACCGAUGGAGUACGCCUUUCAAAUAAAUGGUGUCAGCCUUAACCCCAUCAUCGUCUAUUGUGCCAACCAACAAGAAAUGGACCGAUGGUUUGGUCUUCUGAAGGAAAACAUUGAAGCCAACGGCGGCAACGCGGUCGCACCGGAAAACUACACCAGAAUCAAACAAAACCAGGAGAAGACUGCUGCAGGCAGAGAAGAGCUGAGGAACUCAAUCAACAAAGAGCCCAUCUACGAGUGGGAGGGCUCGCAGCGGGACAGCCUGGGCCCCAUAACCUAUGUCACCAAAGUUCGUUUGCAGCACCUGCCUUGUCAGCAACAAAGUGAAAGGCUACUGGUGAUGUACACGUCAACGAUGAUCAUCUUAUCAGAAGAGGAGAAUGGCCUCUUCUACAAGGGGAAGCUUCCGCUCAACAUGAUCACAGUGACCACACCUUGCCAAGAUGUCAAGCCCAACACCUUUAUGAUUGAAGGGAAGCUCAUCAACCCCAUCGUGGUGUCCUGUCUGGAUAGGAGAGAGUUCUGCGACUGGAUCCAACAGUUUAAAGCUGCUGACGUGCCCGUUCUCAGCCCACCGCCCCCGGUCUAUGACAUCAUCUACACGCCAACACACAGGGAGGCGCCGCAGUUUGACAGGUGGAGUGGAAACAGUCAAGGCUACCCCGAGUCCCUCAAGUUCAGUCAGAGUGGACAUGGAUCCCACAGCCGUCAGUUCCCCACUCAUGAAGAAAACCCACUCUCUCCAGGAUACUCGGAACCUCUCUGUUAUAGCCGUCCCUCCUCGACCGAGACCGCCCGCCUGGGAAGCAGGACCAGCAGCUUCUCUUCCCACACCAAGCCUGAGCGUGACCCACGACCCUUGCCAAUGCGCAGCUCCUACCUCCAGUCAGGAGAGAGCUCUGCUGCAAUGCCACAGCUGUACAGCACGCCGUACCCUGGCCCGCGUCCCUUCGAGAAAGGCCUGCUUGUCAAGUCAAACAGCUGGAACACAUCUCAGACAACUUUCAGCUACUCCCUGAAUGUCCCACAGCGACACUCGGAUAUGUGCGCUCCUCGCCAGCCCUUGUCCCCCCUCUACGAUGUGCCCUGCAGCCCUGAAAUCUUCGCCUUGGAUGAAGCGGGUCCAGAGGAGAGCUGGCAGGAGCCCAUUAAUCUGUACCACGCCCAGCAAAGCUCUUGGGUUCCACCCUCUUCCUUCAAGCUCCGCACCCCACCAAUGGGCAGACACAACCGGAGAAGUCUGGUCGUGACCAAGUCGCAGGGAGAUGCUCCGGGCCUGGAGAAAGAGAGCCCUCGGGGUCAAGUGGAGCAAAGAGCCGAGGCCGUGUCGAGGCUCAAGCUGUUGAAUGCACCCUCAAAAGGACAAGAGCAGGGACACCUGCGGUCCAACUGUGGGAACAACUCCUCUCGGACGUAUGAUUACUCACCAGAUCUUCAUUCAUACCUCAAACCCACAGAACCAGAUGACCAGGAAAUGGACUAUGACAACAUUUGGGAGUCUGAUCGCCACACUGGAAUGGUUCAGCCAACGUCUGUAAUUCCGACACACUGGACGGGAUUAAAUGGCCGGGCCAGGGGCCUUGGUGCCAUGGCAACGGAGCAGAGAUGGUCAUAAAGCAAAACAAUAGGCCGGCACUCGUCUGUGCGUGUGCAAACAACGGACCUCUACCAGAGGGAUUAUGAAAGUGAACUAGUGCAGGCUGUGUUGUUAUCCAGUCAGUGUACAGUAGCAUUAAAAGUGUAGGAUGUAGUGGUGGUGGUGGGUGUGUGAAGGGGGAAACAUUAUUAAAAAGAACUAAAGAAUAAUACAUUCUAAAUACAAUUUCACAUAUUUGACACUAAUUUUGUAUGAUUGUACUUGUACUCAGGAGUAAGUCAAUCUCUUUAUUUUGCUGUUAUUUUAUUUUAUUUUAUUCUAUUUUUUGCUUCAUUAAAACUAAACAAAAAACAAGAAAUAAAAACAUUCCGCAGGGCAUUCUUAAUGAACCUACUGUAUAUAUUUUGUAAAUAGUAUACUAUAUAUGUAAAUACAGAUUUAUUUUGGCUGUAAGGAUGUCAUAUUUCUUCAUCGUUCUGAUACACAUGUAGUGUCUGUCCAUUUGUUUGAGGUGUUUAUUUAUAUGUUCAAAAAAUAAAUUGGUGAAAAAAUAAA